AGCCCCGCGCAGACUGGCCCCGCCCAGCGGCCCCGCGGGUUCAGUCCCAGGUCCCUGCGCCCCGAAUCGCGGCGCGGCCGCCGGUCGAGCCGCAUGGAGCCCCGGGCGGCGGACGGCUACUUCCUUGGCGACGUGGGUUUCUGGGUGGAGCGGACCCCUGUGCAUGAGGCAGCCCAGAGAGGUGAGAGCCUGCAGCUGCAGCAGCUGAUCGAGAGUGGCGCCUGUGUGAACCAGGUCACUGUGGACUCCAUCACGCCUCUGCAUGCUGCAAGUCUGCAGGGCCAGGCGCGGUGCGUGCAGCUGCUGCUGGCGGCCGGGGCCCAGGUGGACGCCCGCAACAUUGAUGGCAGCACCCCGCUCUGUGAUGCCUGCGCCUCGGGCAGCAUCGAGUGUGUGAAGCUCCUGCUGUCCUACGGGGCCAAGGUCAACCCUCCCCUGUACACAGCGUCCCCGCUGCAUGAGGCCUGCAUGAGUGGGAGUUCCGAAUGCGUGAGGCUUCUUAUUGACGUCGGGGCCAAUCUGGAAGCACAUGACUGCCAUUUUGGGACCCCUCUGCACGUGGCCUGUGCCCGGGAGCAUCUGGACUGUGUCAAAAUGCUACUAAAAGCAGGGGCCAACGUGAAUGCCGCAAAGCUUCAUGAGACGGCCCUUCACCACGCGGCCAAGGUCAAGAAUGUCGACCUCAUCGAGAUGCUCAUUGAGUUUGGUGGCAACAUCUACGCCCGGGACAACCGUGGGAAGAAGCCGUCUGACUACACGUGGAGCAGCAGCGCUCCUGCCAAGUGCCUUGAGUACUAUGAGAAGACACCUCUGACUCUGUCACAGCUCUGCAGGGUGAGCUUGAGGAAGGCCACUGGUGUCCGAGGGCUGGAGAAGAUCGCCAAGUUAAACAUUCCGCCCCGGCUCAUCGAUUACCUCUCCUACAACUGAGCUGCAGGCAGAGGUUGGGCAGCUGCCACUCACUGCUGGCUGCCCCUGCUGUGCCCAGCAUUGCCCCUAGAGGGGUCUCUGCCCGUUCCUCUGAAGCAGCGUGAUUGCUGUAGACACAACAACGCUCCUUCGAGUCCCUUCCUGCGCUCUUCUUUGGGCUUCUCUCCUGGAUCCUGGAGAAUGUUUCCAAGCCGUUGGGAAGGCCUCGGUCUCAGGUCACAGUUGUGGGUGUGGCCCUGCACUGUUUGGAAGCUACCCUCUCACUGGGCGUGGGCCCAGCUGUCCAGUUUUCCUCUUUUACAGACCAUCCUCAAAGGCACUGUAAGGACAGGCGGCUCGGGGAGCACAGAGGAGGCUGGCAGAGCUGGGGACUCAGGGCCUGGUUGCCGACUCCCACCUUCCUGGGCAGCCUGCACAGGUGCACAGGUCGCAGGUGCAGGCCACCACGUCUGGGUGGGCACCAGGACUGCCCUCGGUGCUCAUAGGGAGUGGCUGGGCCACGGAAGGUCAGCCUGGAGUCGUGGCCUGAGACCACUGCUCUGCUGGCUCUCUGCCGUGUGGAUGUUUUUCCUGGAGGACUUUCCAAGCCCCCCCGCCCCCCACCCUGAGCCUGGGCGCAUCCACCACUCAGGGGCUUUCUAUGGGUCUUCCUCAGGGAAGGCCCUGGCUUUGUAUUCCCCACAAGUAGCACUGAGUUUCUUAGGAAAUGUAUCUUCAGUAUUAGGUCUCAAAGUCUUGUAAAAAGUUUAUAUGUAGGAUAAAAGCCUUUUAGAGGAUGUGUAUGCUGUCCCUCUAAGGUUUUGCUUGUGAGCCGUUCAAACCGACAGCAGCAUGAAGGUGUACAUUCUCUUGGCUGUGCAUUCCCAGUGCAAAGGGCCGUUUGGAGACUCUGGGCAUUACUUUUCAUCUGUUUCUAUGGUUGUCAAAUGAAUUCACCCAACCUGCAGUUUGCUAACUCCUUGAAGCUAUCAAAUUAGCAAGGAGGCUGCCUGCACCUAGGAGCACCAUCACUCACUCACGAUUUGGUUUUGCGGAUACUCGUGGAAUAUCUGUCACGCACCCAGCAUUGUCCCAGUGCUUUGAGUAGGAUGGGAAUGGGACUGCAGCCAAGGCAGGAGAAGAAAACCUUGCAGUCCCAUCUUACAGUAAUAGUAACAGGUCAUUCUGCAUGAUAAGCCACAGGUGGAGGAUUCACAGCCCAUUUGACUGCAUGAGCCACCUGAGUCUUUGUCUUCAUCAAUUUUAAGAACCCCACCCACAACAGGGAGUUAAGCUGGAGGACCUUUGCAUGAUUUGUUCUGGGAUGUGUGGUUUCUGGGGCAAUGGAGAAGGGGUCAGGCCUGUCCUAGAGACAUUGUGCCCAGAAACGGGAACGUGGUACUCACUGGAUGCACGCAGGCAGCCUGAGCUCGCGUCCCAGACUGCAGAACAGAGUGAGCCCGAGCUGCCCACGGCGAUGCCCCUCGUGCUGCAAGACUGGAUGCCUCUCCUCGUGGACUCGUGGGGGUGGAGCCACAAAUCGGGUGAAAAACUUCACGCUGGCUGCCGGGGCGUUUCUCUCCUCCAGCGUUCCCAGCCGUUGUCCUGGGGCUUCCUCUUACACUGAGAAGAAGAGCAUUUCCAUUCGGUCACCGGCUCAGAUACCAGUUCUGGAUCAAUCAGUGUUUCUGCAUGGAAUAAUAACCAUUAAAAAAAGCAUUAGGUUCCUCCCUUUCAUCUUUGUAACUGAUUCUUGCCUCUAGCAAUGACAUCUGGUGACGUCUCACAGUAGAGCACUUAGCUCAGAAUCAGGUCCCCACGGCUGUUGCACAAUAAAAGUGGAAUAAAGUGCA